AUGAAUAUUGUUGCGCCCCAACCGUUAGCGCAGGCGCCACUGGCGCUGCCGCCUCCGACUGCUGCGCCCGCGCCACCAGCUGCGCACGCGUCGGCUCCGCGCACCAUCGUCAUCCAGCGCCCCGACGCGCGACACGGCUUCGGCUUUACGCUCAGACAUCUUGUAGUGUAUCCGCCGGACUCGUUACAGGUGGGUGAUCUAUACGAAGAUGCGCGCCACCUGGCGGUGGGCGCGGUGGGUGCGCCAAUGGACACGAUCUUCGUAAGGUCGGUGAGGCCGGGCGGGCCGGCGGCAGCUGCCGGAUUGCGCGCCGGCGACCGGGUGCUAGCCGUCAACGGCGAGCCGGUCGCUUGCGGCCGGUCCCGGGCGCCGUACGCGAGGGUCGUGCAACUGGCGCAACGGGAACCCAGAAUAUUAAGGCUGACUGUUGUGCCCAGGGACCACGAUUUAUUGCAAAGGUAUUUCAGCGAAGCAGCUUAUAACCCAGAAACAAACCAGCGCCCGCUAGACAUGCCGGCGCCAGUAACAGAACACGAGUCGCGGCUGUUCGACGCCUACCGGAGGCCUAGGGCUGCGUUGCCGGCUCCUCAGGCACCAGCUCGACAUCGCGAAGACCCGGAGUACGCCAGUGUGGCGUCCUUGGCACCCUCUAGGUACGACGCCACGCGUCUACCUGGACCACCACAAUAUCUAAUGCACGAUGGCAGACGGGAGUCGGAUACUUCACUGCCAUCCUCGGCGACAGAGAGCAAAGACAGCCUGGGAUCCUUCGACUCGAACUCUACCCUGACAGGGCGGGAGCUGGACGACUCGAUAAUCCUAUCGCGAAUACGAAAAAGUCUUGAACAGAAGGAGGCGUUCCUUCGACGGCCAAGUCAGCCCACCGGGUGGGUCACACCCGAUGCCCCACCUCCUAUUAAGCAGAAAGAGUUCUACGCCAGGCCUCAGAAACUGCAGAAGCCAGCGUGGCCACCGCCUGCGGCGUCUCCCCCCCUCGCUGCGUCACCACCCCCUCAAGUUCCACCACAGAACCAGGACAGAAAAGAAGAAUGUUCCGCAAGUGUCGACAGUGGCACUUAUAGCGGUUAUGGUGAAGUGAAUGGAUCUCAAAAUGACAAGAACAAACAGAAACAGGACAAGAGUCAGUUCGUGUCGACGCUAUCGAAGAUACAGGAGACGGCGCCCAGCAUCCAGAGCACGAAUGUGGGAACUGUCAGCAAUGGAGCCACGGAAAUCAAAGAUGACCCUAACCAAGAUAACAAAUACCCAGUCCCCGAGCUGCAGCUAGUGACAGCUCGGACGCGGCAGCUAGAAGAAGCCCGCGGCGGCUGGUCGCGGCGCGAGGUGGCGCGCAGUGAGCUCGCGCGGCUCAGCACCACGCGCCUGGAACCCAGCGUCGCGCUGCGGAGGAAGGAGUUCGAGACCAGGGCUGCUAGGAGAGAAGCACGGUCCUUGGAUGUGCAGCCUCAAGAAUUAGAACACGAGUCACCACUAGGCGGCAGCUUAUCAGGCAAUCAGCUGAUGAUCACCGGCAGCAAACACUUACAUUGCCCACCGCCAGACGGAUAUGUGCCCGGUACGAAAACAGCUCUAUUCAUUUGA